AUGGAGCUGCUGGAAGUCUGUUUGAGUACUACAUAUUUUCAGGUCGACGACAAGUUCUUCCAACAGAAAGAUGGCAUGGAUAUGGGAAAUUCUCUCUCGCCCAUCGUUAGCAACAUCUUCAUGAAGCAUUUUGAAAAACUAGCUCUUGACUCAGCACCGUACAAACCAUCGUUGUGGCUGCGAUACGUGGAUGACACUUUUGUAGUCUGGUCUCAUAGUCCAGAGAGAUUACAGAAUUUCUUCGACCACCUCAAUAGUUUAAGGCCUUCCAUCUGCUUCACUAUGGAAACUGAAUCAGACAAUGCGAUCUAUUUUCUGGACGUUCUGGUCAUCAGGGAAGAGACGGCACUAGUCACACAAGUCUACAGGAAACCCACCCACACUGGCCAAUACCUCAACUUCAAUUCUAACCAUCCGCCACAUGUAGAAAGAAGCUUGAUUAAAAGUCUCACCGACAGAGCCUCCACCACAUGCCAAGAUCAACAAGAUUUGGUCAAAGGAAUUAACAACCUGAGACACGAUCUUCAGUUGAACGGUUACCCCAAAGGCUUCAUUGACUCGGUCAUUAAUUCCAAGGGCAGUAGUCGUCCGAAGAAAGAGGAAAACCCAUCCGUGUUCUCAUUAGGAACAUUGCAUGUGAACUCCAUCUACUAUGGGAACAAGCAUGCAUCAUUGUCUGUUAGUGACUCAGACCAGUAUGUAAUCAUUUGA